UGAUUUGGAAGAUAAAAAGAUACAAGAAUCAAGUAUUUUUACGGCCAUUCAUGUAGAUGUAAAAAUAAAAUGAACUUAUUAUUGCAAAUGUUUGUACGUGUUAAAUACAAGGUGUAAUUAAUUGAUAUAAAUCAAUUUUGCAUCUACUAAUAUUCAUUUUCACUCUAUGACUGAAUAAUUAUGACUUACCGGCAUUGCAUGAGUGUACUAUUCAUGCAUUGUAGUUCGGCGAUAAUUUGCGCACGUUUUUCUACCGCGUGCCGGUUCAACACAACAAAGAAACCUUAACCAAAAUAUUUCGGACAUUGUUAAUUUCUGUCUCACUUCGUAGCGUUACAAUCUCGAUAGUUGAACAAUUUUACAAGUUUUUAGCUUCAAAAAUGUUUUCCAAUAGAUUACUUGUCAAUGCAUGCAAACAAAUGAAAUCCUUCAGUUACGUGACAGCUAGACACUCCUCAAACAUCGAAACAAACAACAUUGAAAAAACUAUAAAUCAAGUUACGCUGCUGGGUAGAGUGGGAGCAGAUCCUCAAAAACGUGGUAAUGAAGAACAUCCAGUGGUUGUAUUUUCACUAGCUACACAUUUGAAUUACAAAUAUGAUAAAAAUGACAUCAUGCAAAAAACAGACUGGCAUAGAGUAUGUGUAUUCAAACCAAAUUUGAGAGAGACUGCUUACAACUACCUCAGAAAAGGACAGCGAGUUAUGGUGAAUGGAAGGAUAAGCUAUGGAGAAAUAAAAAGUGACGAGGGAACUUCAAAGAUGGCAACGUCAAUUAUAGCAGAUGAUAUCAUAUUUUUCCAGUAAAAAUGUUAGAUUUAUUUAGAAUUGAUCUAAAAACAAUUUAGAAUUUCAAGCCAAUAAUUCGUGAGUUUUUAUGGUAUUGAUUGAGUUGAUAAUUAUUUAAUAAGAAAACUAGGAUUUUUUCAACGUAAUUGUUGAAUAUUCUCAACAGGAAUAAGUUUUUAAUUUUGUAAUGAAAAAAUCAUGAAUAAUUAUAAAAUGUUAAAUGUUACCUACU